CAGUACAUUCCAAAUGUCGCCUACUAUUUUUACACCAAAUAAAUAUGGCUACUAGUGAGGUUUUUUGUGCAAGAAAAUUCAAUUAAAAUGCUUAAUCAGCUACCGAUUGUAAACUUUGAGUGUAAAUAUUUGAAACAGUUCAAUUAGCAGUAUUCAAAAUAGUGAUAAGUGAAGUUUAUUGUGCAUGAUAUUAACCACUUUAUUUCGAAUAUAUCGGACUAAAAAUGGUGGUCGGUGAACCAAAUAUCAAUAACAUAAUGGGGGGUAUCGAAAACACGGGGACUGUUAGACUUCAUAAUCAUAGAAAAAAAUUAAAGCAACGGUUCGACAUAAUAAAAAAAUUAGGACAAGGAACGUAUGGUAAAGUACAAUUAGGCAUAAACAAAGAAACCGGUCAGGAGGUAGCGAUAAAAACGAUUAAAAAAUCAAAAAUAGAAACAGAAGCCGAUUUGGUGAGGAUACGAAGGGAAAUACAAAUUAUGUCGUCCGUGCAACAUCCUAACAUUAUACAUAUAUAUGAGGUAUUUGAAAAUCGGGAGAAAAUGGUGCUUGUAAUGGAAUAUGCCGCAGGUGGUGAACUGUACGAUUAUCUGUCGGAACGUAAGGUGCUAGCGGAAGAAGAGGCGAGAAGGAUUUUUCGGCAGAUAGCGACUGCGUGUUAUUAUUGUCAUAAACAUAAAAUUUGCCAUCGGGAUUUAAAGUUAGAAAAUAUUCUGUUAGAUGAAAAUGGGAAUGCGAAGAUUGCCGAUUUUGGUUUAUCAAACGUAUUUGAUGACCAAAGAUUGUUGUCGACAUUCUGUGGAUCUCCCCUUUACGCAUCUCCGGAGAUAGUUAAGGGCACUCCGUAUCAAGGACCGGAAGUAGAUUGCUGGUCGUUGGGAGUUCUGUUGUACACAUUAGUCUAUGGUGCCAUGCCGUUUGAUGGCAGUAAUUUCAAACGCUUAGUUAGACAAAUCUCGCAAGGCGAUUACUUUGAACCAAAAAAACCUAGUCGUGCCUCACCUUUAAUACGUGAUAUGUUAACUGUUAAUCCUAGAAAUAGAGCAAAUAUAGAGAAGAUAUGUUUGCACUGGUGGGUUAAUGAGAGCUAUGAAGAAUGUUGCUUAGAUAUUUCCGAGGAAUUAGCGAAUCAAACUCCUGUUAGGUUAGACUUAUUGUUAUCGUUAGCACCUCCCCCUCCUCAGCUCGAAAGCGAAAAAUUGGUAGUGACCGGAGAGGGUCAAGAUGAAUCGAACAAUGCAGAGGCAGCAAUUCCCACACGGUCGCAGUCUGUAGGCAGUCUAAUGGAGUUAACAAAUCCAGCUCAGCGUAGAAUUAAAGAUUUAUUAUUAGACGAUGUGAAAGUUUCUCCAAAACGAAAACUGGAGACCGCUAUUAGUACCGAUCAAAUUAGUUUAUCCAAAGAUGAUAUUAAAAGAAAAGAAAAAAUUAUUAAAGAGAACACAAUCGCCGACAUCACCCUACACUCCGGCCACAAGGUUGAGGGAGACGAACAGACGCCCGAGACCCAACUUAUUAAAAGUCAAACGCGAACUCUGUCGCCUGAAAUGGACGUGAGUGAGGAAUUCGUGGAUCCGUCGACGCAAGGCGCCGCGUGCGCCGAGCUAAUGGAGGACGCGAAGAAAAAUAUGACUGAAAAGAACGCGGAGGAGGUCAUUGAUAAAGAAAAUAAAGACGUAGAAACUAAAGAAGAAAAAGUUGAGGAGAAGCAAUCGAAAAUACCAGCCAAAAGAAAACCAGUCAAGAAAAAAGUGCUAACGGAUAAGAAUGAUAACUUAAGUACAAAACCGGAACAAGCCGAAGCCAUUAAAGAACAAAUAAAGACUGAAAGCGAAGAAGUACAGACGGUCAGUAAACCAGUCGAGCGGCGGAGAUCUCGGAUAUUUGAAACCGCGGAGAAAUUUCAAAAUAUGAUAUCGGCGAACGAAAGCAAGGCGCCUGUUGAGAAGCCAAAGAAAAUCGUGAUACCCGGCGUUAGCGUCGGUGGCUACAAGAAGGAGUUCGAGAGGAAAGCAAGUCUGACGUCCAAUAACGUCGGGACGCCGAAGAAGCCCGUCGAACAGGAGGCUGCACCUCCGAAGGCCGCCGAGCCCGAGGUUGCAAAGGACGAAACGGUCGUUGCGCCGCCCGAGGUCGUCGAAAAGGUGACGCCCUCCGAAGAGGAGAUAUUGGCGGAGAAGGAAAGGAAGAUUCAAAUAAAGAACGCCGUAGAUAUUAUUAGUAGCGCUUUGGAGAAGGACGGAACGCGAAAGUCGAAAUCGCGACCUUGUAUGGUGAGAAAGCCGCCGGUGCCGUUCGGAGUUGGUGGUCGUUCGGCGUCUGGAAGUAUUACAACGUUACCUACGCCGUUAUCGCCGCCGAAUACACCUUUGGUACUCUUUGGGGCAAAUGAAGCAAUUCUGCCAAGUACUCACAGCUCCGUUCCUGCCCAGGUUGUUGAGGAGAGUCACGCUGAAAUACCCGAAGAAGAGAAAACAUCAUUGGCCGAAAUCACAUUAAAAUCCGCGACAUUACCGCGACGUAAAACGACAAAGGCGGAAAUUAAACUGGACUACCCAUCGCCGAAACCGGCCACUAUGGGUUUCAAGACUGAAAUGGCUCAUCAUGUUGAAGGUCAUCCUAAGUUAACCACGCAACGAAGUGAGGUUACCUUCCCGGUUACACCCACGGUUCCCAACUCCCACAGAUCGGCGUCUUGUGAACCGGAGAACAAAGCCAAACCAAGGGAGCGAAUAAUACCGAUCUCGUUCGAAAGAGACGUACCCGAGGAAAGGAGGGAGUCGGUAACGUCGCCCACUGUAAAACCGCCUGUCACUCGAAUAUUUCAAACGCAACGCUCAACCACGUCGCAAAGGUCAAACAGUUUGUCGCGCCAGUCCACUCAAGAGUCCGAUUCUGAGGGUAACGUCUCGUCGGGCGAGCCCAUUCGAAAGUCACCUCGCGAGUAUAUUAUACCUAUCGCCGUGGAGGGAGGGGGAUACGUCACGCCGCGCGCCGGCAGUUUGGAGCCUAGUGAUACCUCUAGUACAAUGACCAGCAAAUCGAAGUUCAGCCGAACGAGACGGCUGAAUGAUCGGGAAGGAUCGGAAGACGAGUCUCCGUUUGCAGCACUGCACAGGCAUAGUUCCUUCGGCAGAGAUAGUGAUACAGAGGACUCUAGGAGAGACAUAUUCCGUAUGCAUAGCCUUAGGAGUUCACGUCCAAGAAAAGCGAACAUGGAACACAACGACUCGUUUAGUUCGGGCGAGGACGACGACGAUGACGGUUUCGAAAUUCUCACUGCUGAAAAUCUAUUUUCCACUCUCUUAUCUAGGGUGCGUGGGUUAACUCAGCGAUUAAACGUGGACGGAAGACCGGGCUUCCCCGCCAGCCGGCUCCUCAGUUCUCACUUUGACAAUCGCGGCGACAACUUUUGGAAGUUACGCACUGACCCAUUAUCUAGGUAUUCUACGUUAAGACGACCGAGUCGGGAGCAAAGUGUCGACUCCUCGGUACCUAGAAACUUGGGCACGCCUUGGCGCAGGAGCGUCAGUCGCGAUUUAGCGUCCGACAUCGAUAACGUGUUUAAUAAUUCACUCUCAUCUCCUACGCAUACGGCCACUUUGCCUCGAGGAGAUUCAAAUUCGAACAGAGAGAACCUUAAUUUAACGAACUUAGAUUUAAAAAAAUUAAAAUUAUCAGAUGAGGAUGCGCUUGCGUUAUCAUAUUUAACACCGGGCCUCUCUCGUCGCAUUCAAAAACAGCUACUUGCUCAAUUGGCGCCAUCCGAAGUAAAAAAAUUAUCGCGAACUAUGUCUAUGCGCAGCAGCAAUACAGAUAAUAAACCGUCAUCGUCUGACAAAAUUAGAUACGAUCGCCAAUCUUCUGAUUCGGCAACAAGGACCGUACAGCGGCGCGCAACAAUGGAAAGCAGUCCGAUACGUUAUCAAAGUAGAUUUAAAACUGAAAAUAAACCGGAUUCCGUCGACAAUUUAGAUGAAACCAAACCGGCCAAAUCGUUUUUGCCCAGGAAAUCGUUGGGCGAUUUUAGACUCCGCGCGUCAACACCGUCCGAUCUUGUAAGCAGCGAAAAAGUGAGGGAGGAUCACUCUGAAGCGUCGCGUCUCUGCAAGUACUUAUCCCCGAGCAAUUACUACGAAAAUGUUUCUCGUUCUCAAACGCCCUCUCUUGACACUGAGAGAAGCAGAUCGGAACACUCACAGCCCACUAGAAAACCGUCCCGUUUCUUAAGGCCUGACUUUUACGAUAAUAAAGAUGCCAAUUACUUUUUGAAAGAAAAGAAAGAGCGCGAGCUAGAGACGCAAAAGGUACUAAAAGAAAUUAGAGACCGGCGUCGGUUUCGAGAUCAAUCACUCUCUAGUGAAGUUAACGGGCAGUCGGAAGAGGACAAGAGCAUCUCGGCAUCGACAGACGAAAUUCUCAAGAAUGUGUCCGAUAACAUCAAAAAGAUCGAAAACAAUGUCCAACAAGAAAUGCACGAUUAUGUCAAUCUACCUGUUAAAUCCGUGGAAAAAAUACCGGAGUACGUGAAUGUUAAUAGCAACGAAGUGGUGAAGAAGCCCAGUACUUCCAAAAUAUCGCGCCCGAAAAGCUACCCGGCCGAAACGCACGAGCACAAAAAAUUAAUCUCGAAGAUUCCCGAAUUUUCGUCCCCUAAACCGAAAGUUGUAAAGACAAAGAAGAGUGAAAAGGAAGUAGAGAAGCCGAGUAAAAACAAGUUUUUGCACAGCAUCGAGAAGAAAUUUGAGAAAUUGAGAAGCUUUAGCAAUUCGCCGAACAGUGUGAGUAGCGAGGACGCCAAAAGUAAAGAGGAUAAAAAGUCGAGCGUGGAGGAUACGAUUAAGCGCCUGCGCGAGCAGAGUUUGCCGAGGACUGCGGAUAAUUGUAUUACUGAGUCAGGGCUAAUCAAACGCGCGGUGUCCGUUGAGGAUUUAACCAACGCCGAUCCUAAACAAUUGCAACCUUCGCGUAAGUCCGUUACGAAAAUUUUAAAUCUGUUCAAAAAGUACGAGGAAAAAAGCAAUAAGAAAAGUGAAAAAAGUACAAAGAAAAAAUCUAAAGAUGACGCCAAAACAAAAACGAAAAGUAAAAGUCAAUUAGAGGCAGAGAAGACUGAUAAAAAUAAUAAAGCAAUUGGUGCUGAGACUGUGAUUUUAAACAACCACGACCAAAAAACUGAGAAAGUAUUACAAAACAGCGACGUUCCCAAAAUUAUCGAACCGGAGGUUGCUAAGAAAAUUCAGCGACCCUCCUCGCUUUUAUUGGACAGCGUGAAACCUUUUCAUACUGAGAACAAUGGUGCUAAAAGUGAUGGUAACAUAUCAACCAAUAGGGAUGCGAAAAGAAGUUCUAAAUUGCCAGUCAACUCGUUUCGGCGCAGCUUGAACUUGGAAAACUCGCACGCGGACCCCAAGUUUCUCAAAGGUGAGGACAGCGGGCUACCUAAUUGCAGAAGCCCGGCGUUAGAUCUACUAGCGCCGCACGACGCGAAAGAAAAUCGCAACUCGUUCGCCGCCACCGACGACAGCUCGCUUCUGUCGCCGUUCGACGACAACAUGAGCUGCGAUUCGUGGUCGGUUUGCUCCGAUUAUCACACUCACGAGUUGACAUCUCCGACGUCGCCCUGCGGCACGUUUUAUUCCGCCGACGAAAACGAGUCUGUAUCCGAUCGAAUUCGCAGGAAGAGUUUCUAUACUCGAUUUAACGAGAAGAAGCGGCCGCGGAAGAGCAGCCUGAACAGUUAUCGCGACUUGGAUCUGUACAAGGAUAUGAACGGUCGAAAGACCAACUACAGAUCGAACGAUUACUCGGACGCCGACGCAAUGAGGGAGACGAAAUCUUCGUAUGGUAAUGUCACGCAGGAGCCUUUGAGGUAUAAACGUUACGGAUGGGAUAACUCGAGUGAUGGGGAUCACUAUCAUACUCCGUAUCAGACUUAUAAUCCGAGAUUUCAUAAGCGUUCGACGCCAUCGGAGACAGAAGAUUUCACUUUGGAUGAAUCUUCCGCGACUGGAAAACACAAAAUGUACAGUUACUACCAUCGGCCAUCCAGAAUCAGCAAUAGAUCUGCAUCGCCUAUUAGCGGCCAUAUUCCUGUUGAAUUAGUAGAGUCUUCCAUUAACCGACCUAUUGUUAAUUCUACCUCUCAGAGCCAUGUUUAACCUUUUACUCAUUUACAUUUAGUACCCCUUCUUAUUGUUGUAUACAUACAGCUCAGACGAUGGUUAAUUAAUUAUUAAACGAAAGGUGGCCUAGUUAUCCGACUGUUUUCGGUUUUUACGUGACUGUUUUAAAGAAUGCGCGAAGGCGACGUUUUAUUUCUUGUUGCAACGAAAGAAGUAAAAUCUCUGCGCUUUUUUCAUCAAAAAAAUUUGGUGCUAUCAUUGUUGAUUUGUCUAAUUAAGGUUCUACGUCUGAUUUUAAGACAGUUUAGUUACAGUAUGUACAUUUUUUAGAAAUUUCUCUCAUAACUUUAUCAUGUACAUGUUGUUUUGCUUGCUAUUUUAUAUUUAUUUAAUUAUAAAUUGCUUAUUAUAUUUAUACAACGUAUUUUAGUAGAGAUGUAUUAAAGAUGAGCCAAAUUGCUCAUGAAAUUUUAAAAAUUAUAUACCUACUGUUACAUUUUUAACUGACAUUAUUGUUGAAUACCUACAUUAGUAAUUAUUUGUUACUAUUAAGCAAUUCGUUGACUGAGUAAUCAUUUUACUUGGUUGAUCCUUUGGAAAUGCGUUAGCUUUAGAUUGAUUUUGUGUGAACUAUUGUAUACAUAAUAUAGGAUGUUGACAAAUUUGUGAUUUUAUAGGAAAUAAAAACUUUGUAAUUAAAUAUAAAAGAAUUGUUAUUA